AACACCAAACUGCAGCAGGAAGAAUCUUUCAAGCACUUCUAAAACUUGAGCAACCCGACCAAGGUCACAAAUGUAAAUGUACUUGGGGCUGACACGUGAGAUCUCAGAACCGUGUGAAAGAUCGUGAGUCUGUAUAAAAUGGCUGGACUGAUUAAUUUUGAAGAUGAAGCAGAGGUGAAGCAAUUCCUAGACAAUCUGGGAGUGGAGUACAGCUAUCAGUGCUACCGAGAGAAAGAUCCUGAAGGUUGUCAGAGGUUGUCAGAUUACUUGGAAGGUGUGAAGAAAAACUAUGAGUCGGCUGCUCGUGUUCUUAAGCACAACUGUGAGACUCAUGGUCACGGUGAGAGCUGCUACAAGCUUGGAGCUUAUCACAUCACUGGAAAAGGUGGGGUGACAGAGUGUUUAAAGAGUGCUUACUCCUGCUUUAUCAAGGCUUGCAAUGCCAAAGGAAAGAAGUCCAUGGAUGCUUGCCACAAUGUGGGCUUGCUCGCUCACGACGGCCGAGCUAUGGAGGGGGGUCCGGACCCUGUGGCGGCUCGUCAGUAUUAUGAGAAGGCCUGUGAAGGAGGGUUUGCACCUAGCUGUUUUAAUUUGAGUGCUCUCUACAUUCAGGGAUCAACAGAGGUUGAGAAAAACAUGCCCUUGGCUUUGAAGUACGCCAUGCGAGCCUGUGAGUUCGGCCACGUCUGGGGCUGCUCCAACGCCAGCCGCAUGUACAAACUGGGCGACGGUACGGAGAAGGAUGACCAGAAGGCAGAGGAACUGAAAAACCGAGCAACAAAACUCCACGGAGAAAAGAAAGAGCAGCAGCUAAAAUUCGGAGAGUGAUGGGCAAAGAGAAAGUGUUGGAUCUUAUAUUUUCAGUGGAGACUUGCCUGCUACAAAUGAAGUAGGGAACAGAAAGUGUGAGAACUAAAUCAGGUGAAGUUCAGAAUUGUACUGAGGCCUGUUUAAGUACUGUGCCAUUGCAUUUAUAAAUGCAUCCUCCAAAUUGUUAACUGUUAUCUGUUUGCAGGUGAGGACAUUUAAAAUGCUCUGAAUGUUUUAGUGACCUGUGUGAAUUCAUUGUAAAUCUAUGGUACAUUAGAAUAAAGUGAAUACAUGUCGUGUUUAUGUACACGAUAACUCAUGUAAAAUUGUACAUAUCACACUUGACAUCAUUUGUACAAACCCAAUUUCUAUAACAAGUUGGGAUAUUUUGUAAAAUGCAAUAAAAACAAGAAUCUGUGA